AUGGGUAAUGCUAUGUACGCAAAAAGUGUUUAUUCAUCUGAGGGGUCUGAAAUAUUUAGUGAAAAUUUAUCAAAAGAAAAAAGGAGUGAAAAAUCUAUACAUAAAAUGGAAUAUAUAAAUGAUAAAGAAUAUAAAGAGGAUGAAUAUAUUUUAAAUGUAUAUAAUAAAGAAAAUAAAAAUAUACAAGAUAUGAACAAUGAAAAGAUUAAUUCUGGAAUGAAAUUAAAAUAUGAUAUGAAUAAAAAUAAUUUAUAUGUUAUAUUAAGUAAAAAAAAGAGAGUAAAAAGAUUUAACCCAAGUACAUGUUUAUUACGUAAUUGUAUAUAUUAUGUUAAUUGUAAAAUAAAUGAUAAAUAUUUUCCAAUAUUAUUAGAGUUAAAAAAUAAUCCUAAAUGUGCUAUAUGUCUUAUAGAUGAAUCAUGUAAUAUUAUUAAAGAGAUUUUAAUUAAAGAUAUCAAAACAAUUGAAAGUUCAAUUAAUAGUAUUAAUCUAUUUUUAAAAAUAAAUCCUGAAUAUAGUAUACAAAAUAAGUUCAAUUUAAUACGUUUUAUUCUUAAAGAUAAUAAUGAUAAAAUAUCUUUUAUGGAUAAUAUAAAAAUGAUGUAUGGUAUUGAGAUUUUAGAAUAUGGCAUAGUAAAAUAUAAUAAAAUCAGAACUCAAGAAUAUGAAGAAAUUUAUGUUUAUGAAAAAAAUCUUUUAAAUAAAGAAAAUAAUCAAAAUUUAAAACAUAUAAUGGAUAAUGUAACUUAUAAUGAAUAUUAUAAUAUAUCGGAUCUUAUCACAGAAAAUGAAAAUACACAUGAAAAAAAAAUGAACCAAAUUAUAAAAAAUCUUAUACAAUUAGGAAAUAAAUAUAAUCCUAUAAUUAUUUUAGGAGAUAUGGAAGAAGGAAAUAUAAUACGUGUCAAAGAAAUAAAUGCAUUAUCAAAUCGCACUACUAAUCAUUAUUCUUCAAAAGACAAACAAAUAUCUUUUCAACAAAAUUAUAAUUCAUAUGAUGAUUUUACACUUGUUGAAUGGUAUUUAUCAACAAAAAUUGGUUCAAACAAAACAUUUAGAAAAGAACCUAUUUACUCUAGUAAUAAGCUUUUAUUAAAAUCAUUUAUGAUAGGUCAUUUUAUAAAAGUCAAAUUGUCAAAAAAUACUUUUAUUAAAAAUAAAAAAACCUUUGUUACUUCCAUAAGCAUAAAAGGACCAGUUACUAUAAAUGAUAAUACAGCAAAACAAAUAUUACAUUAUUUAUCAAAUGUAAAUCAUUCUAUACAAAUUUUUUUAUCCUCAGAUGAUAUAUAUAAUAUUUUCUUUUCUUCUAUCGACCCCAAAAUUAAUGUAUUAGGUCUAUUUAUAUUUUACCCAUGUACUCUAUUUCUUAUGAGAUCAGGAAUACGAUUUGCUAUCACAUUAAACGGCAAAAGUUAUUCUGUGGAUUAUUUAUGGAAUUCUUUUUAUAUGACCAAGAAGGAUAUUUUAUUUGACAAAUCUCCAGAUUUUAUACCUUCUUAUGAAGACACGCAAGAUAUACACUUGUACUUCAUAACAGCUAGUACUAAUGGACAAAAUGUUAAAUCCAUAAUCCGAACAAAUUCAACUGAUGAAAAAAAUUAUAUAUAUUCAACAGUCUUCUUUUAUAAACAUCAAAAAAAAAUAAGGUCGUUGAAUGAAUUUUUAAGGGAUUCUUUGUCUGGCUCAUAUAAUAAUUUGAAAAAACGAUUUUCUAAUAUUUUUAUGGAAAUCAAUGCAAAUGAUUUAAGCAAAAUAGAAUCGAUGAAUUAA